CGGAGGUCAGUCUUGCGCAUGCGCCUCACCGACGCGACACCGGCCUGGUUGCUAAUGGCGACGCCCACGGCCUGCAGCUGGCGGCUGUGGGAGGCCUGAUCCCUCGGCCCAUGGGUCCGGCCGGUCUGUGUGCCCGGGUCCGAGGCCUGGCCCUGUCCCUGUCCCCGCAGCUGAUGCUGGGUUCCAGCCCCGCGCUGCUCCACCGACUGUCCCGGGACGUGGAGGUGCGGCCCGACUUCCUGAGCCCGGCCGAGGAGGCGGCGCUGCUGCAGGAGCUGGAGCCGCGGCUCAGGCGGCAGCGCUACCAGCGGGAUCACUGGGACCAGGCAAUCCAUGGAUUUCGAGAGAUAGAGAAGUCCCAGUGGACCGAGCAGAAUGCAGCUGUCCUGCAGAGACUGCGGGAUGUUGCGUUCCCCACAGGUGUGCCCCAGCUCUCAAUGGUACAUGUGCUGGAUCUCGAAAAGACUGGCUUCAUCAAUCCCCAUGUGGACAGUGUGAAGUUCUGCGGGGACACAAUUGCCGGCAUGUGUCUGCUGUCGGGCAGUGUGAUGCGGUUGUUGAGUGAAGAAAAUAAUGAAGAUCGAGUGGAUUUACUGCUGCAGCGCCGGUCUGCCUACGUCCUGAGGGGGGCUGCCCGAUACCAUUUCAGCCACCAGAUCCUGAGAGACGAAGAGUCAUUUUUCGGAAGCCAGAAAGUACCUCGCGAUCGGCGGAUCUCUGUAAUCUGCAGGAACCUACCUGUCAGCCCAGAGCCAGCUGAUCAGCCCUCGUAUAGCCAUGGUUACCCAAUGCAGCUGCACUCUGAAGCUGAUAGCUUCUCCACUGUGUGCCAGCGGUUGUCAGUGUCCAGGAAGGUGACAUCCUUGAACUGUGUGGGCCGGCAGCACGGGUCACUGACGAUCUUCUCCCGGGACAGGUUGAGGAGGUCGGCUUUGCGCAGGAGCAGGGAGAGGGUGAGGUCGUGGUUGGUCCGGGCGAGGGGGCAGCUGCCGCUGCAGUACUUGAAGAGAACGAUUUCGUCGGAGCGGCCAGGAGCUGGGACGGUACACCAACUGAUGUGGGUCUCCUGUGCAGAGUGUCUCAGCUCAGUCAGCUGUCAGCAGAAGCGCUGUGGAGGCAACAUGGCCACUGCACCAGUGCAUACCACAGCAACCCCUAGGAUCCUGGCUGGUUCUACAUCAUGCAUUGAGAAGGGCUGGGAAUCUAGCUCCUGGGAGGUUAAAGUGGCCUCCUCUGUAUCUCACAAUUCCCCACAGAACAUUCGGAUCAUUGUUGCGGGAUCCGAGUGCGCGGUGACCGUGUGCGUUCGGAUCUCAUCUUCACAACAGCUGUCCGACAGCAACCGCCCGCUGUCUGCCGAUGUCCGGAUUUAUGAGGCAGCAGGGGUACGAGAUCCAGCUCCGACCUGCACCUGA